ACUGAACUCUAUACUCUUACACUGGAACGCUUACGAUACCACGUGACCCGAUCGAGCGCGUUAGAAAGAGACAGAUAUAUGUUUGGGAAGUUUCUGUCCUUUUUCAAUUCGUUAUCACUAUGGCCGGAGAUAGCUGUUGAUGAAUUUUUAUAUAAUUUUUGUUCUCGGAAACAUAAAAAUUGAGGUUUAAAUACGAUUAUAAUGAAAAGUAACUUGUCAAAAUUCUGCUACUUACGUUCUUUUUCGUAAAUUGUACAAUGUUAUUUGAUUUUACGUAAGAAUACAGUUGUGUGUCAAGUGCUUCAUUCUCCAACUUCGCUUUCUUGAAUCAUGAAUGUUGAUAUUGAAGUUUACGAAUAAUAUAUUCACGAAUUAUAUACGAAGAAUGGUGCAGUUUUGUUGUGCAUUCAACUGUUCCAAAAGCAGUGAUACGAAUCCAGAACUGAUUUUUCAUUCCUUUCCGAAUGCUGAAAAGGAUAAGGAACGCCGACAAAAAUGGAUUCAUGCAAUCAGACGAAAGAAUUGGCAGCCAGGAAAAUAUACAAGGCUGUGUAGUGAACAUUUCCUAGCUUCAGAUUACGAUCCACCUGUGGUAUGCGGAAAAUUACGUUUAAAAAGUACUGCCAUACCUUCCGUCUUUGAUUAUCCUGAGCAUUUACAACCUAAGAAAGUUUCCGAGAGGCGACCUCUGAUACGACUCGCAGCCAAUUUAGUUGAACCUGAUGAAAACGUUGCAAUUUCUCCGGUAGUAGAAGUCGAGCCAGUGCCACUUCAAAAGACCGUAGCUGUUCAAACAAAUUUAACUGGAACCGAAUUGAUGAAUACUUUGAAUACUCUGCGUCGUGAAAAGAAAAUUCUUCAGCAACAGCUUAAACGAAGAAAUGCUCGUAUCGAUCACUCAAUGAAGCCUCAAACUCAAACUCAUUCAAUAACUGCACGAGACGAAGAAUGCACGAGUACUUUUUUACAAUUGAAUGAAAUUGGAGACUAAUGUUUUCUUCAUAUUUCAAAUCCAGAACUCCAGAAGUUAUUCAUUUUCCAAAUCAAUAAUCAUUUAUGAAUAGGUUGAACCUAAUUACAGUUGAGUUUUGAGGGGGAAAAAUGAACUUAGAUUAUUUUUUAACUCAUUUAUUUAUUUAACUAGCUGUGAUAAGAUAACGGAUACAUUUCAUUUUUUAAAAUUGAAUGAAAUCGGAGACUAAUGUUUUCGUAAUAUUUUAAAUCCAAAACUCUAGAAGUUGUUUAUUUUCCAAUUCAUUUUUAUACAUAGGUUGAACCUAAUGGAAAUCAAGUUUUGUGGGGUAAAAUGAACUCAGAUUAUUUUUCAACUCCUUCAUUUAUUCAACUGUGAUACGAUUACGGAUAUAUUUUAUUUUUAUUCUUCAAAAAUUUUCAAUCAUGUACCUGUUUUCCUUUUUUAGUCACUUUUUCAUGUACUCUACGCAGCUGCAUAAUAAUUUCAUUUAU